AUGUCGCAUCGGUCGGCACUUGCCCAACUUCGGGCCCAACGUGCAUCUGGUAAGACUCGUCUGGAGACCUACCAGGUGGAAGAUCUAGGUGCCAUCUACGAUGAAGUUGACGAGGAUGGCUACAAAAAGGUCGUGCGGAGUCGUCUUGAUAAAGAUGACUUCGUUGUCGACGAUAAUGGGGAAGGUUAUGCCGACGAUGGACGCGAGGAGUGGCAAAACGAACGAGUCAACUACAGCAGCGACGAAGCCGAGGACCUCGCACCUCGUUCAAAGGCUGCAAAACGCAAGCGUGAGGAGGAUCGUGAAAAAGAAGACAAGUCCAACCACAAGAUUCUAAACUACUUCAACAACGGCCCCGUGGCUGCACCAAAGCCAAAGAUCCAAACUACAGCCGAAGAUGAGGCUUUCAUGGCCGAUUUGCUAGGCGAGGUAGACGCAAAUGUCCUUCCAGCUCGUACUUUCGCCAGAAAAUCCAUCAAGUCGGACUCCCGCCGCAAAGUCCGAAUCCUCUCCCCGCCUCCAACUCGAGAACAACCUCGUCAGAAAUUCCAACCAGACCUGGUCGAUACGCCCCCCUCUCAAGCAGCAUUCGAUGAGGAUGAUGGUCUGCCAGCAGUUGGUGAGGACGACAACAUCAUGAGUGACCCUCUGCCAUCGUCUCCCGUUGUGAAAGCAAUUGAGCGGAAAGCAAAGACUUUGAUCAAGGAGGAAGAAGACGACGAUGAAGACAUGAUGGCUGUGGCUCAGGCUGUCGCACAUGAAGGCUCAGCAUCUAUGAGUGUGAACAUGAAGGCCAGCAAACCGCCGCCCAGAAUCAAGAUGGCCAGCCUACCCACACCUGUGAACUCUUCUCCACCACUGCCUGCGGUUUCCGAAGUUGAUGCUACAGCCUGGAACAACAUCACAAAUAAGCUUAACAUCCAGAGCAGUCCAGUAUCGGAAUCAUACGUCUUUGGCAAGAUGAAACCUCAAGAUGCCGUGGAAGAAGAUGGAAGCCUACGAAUGUUCUGGCUCGACUACACUGAAAUCAAUGGCAGUCUUUGUCUGUUUGGAAAAGUAAAGCACAAAUCGACAGGCCAGUAUGUCAGUGCUUUUGUCAAGAUUGACAAUAUCCUUCGGAAGCUAUUUUUCUUGCCUCGAAAACACAAAUACUCCAAUGGACGCCAGACAUCCGAAGACGUUGGAAUGGAAGACGUCUUCGAAGAAGUUGACACGCUUAUGUCCAAGAUGAAGAUCAACACAAGAAAAGUAAAGCCGUGUACCAGAAGAUACGCUUUCGAGUUACCAGAUGUUCCGAAAGAAUCAGAAUACCUGAAGCUUUUGUAUCCCUAUGACAAAACCACAUUACCCAUGGAUCUCCAAGGCGAAACCUUUUCCCGAGUUUUUGGCACCAACACAGCAUUAUUCGAACAAUUCGUCCUAUGGAAAAACAUCAUGGGACCUUGCUGGUUGAACAUCGAAGAUGCCGAUUUUGCGGCAGUCAACAAUGCCUCAUGGUGCAAGCUUGAAUGUGCGGUAGCAAAGCCCUCAAAUAUUACAGUCCUCAACAGUUCUGACACACUCGAAACUCCUCGACUCACGCUGAUGUCUCUAUCGUUCCGGACGCAACUCAAUGUCAAAGAGAAUAAGCAGGAGAUUUUGGUUGCGAGUGCACGAGUAUACGAGAAUGUCUCCCUCACAGAUACAACCUCGCCAGAAAAGAUGCCUUCAAGAACUUUUACUGUGAUGCGACCCUCUGGGACUUCUUACCCCUUGGGAUUUGAGGCUGAGACUAAAAAACAGAAAGGAACCUUUUUCCUGGAAAAAGGUGAACAAUUCUUGCUCAGCAGAUUUCUUGCCCUCUUCGAAAAGGUCGAUCCAGAUUGUCUGAUGGGCCAUCAACUUCAAGAAGUCGACUAUAGCAUUCUUCUUAGUCGUCUUAAAGAGAAGAAGACGCCUGGCUGGCAUCGAAUAGGAAGGAUGAAGCGUGGUGAAUGGCCAAAAACAUUUGGCAAGGGUGGUUCCUCCUUCUUCGCCGAACGCCAGCUUCUGGCAGGACGCUUAAUGUGCGAUCUUGCCAACGACAUGGGAAAGUCACUCAUGACAAAAUGUCAGCAAUGGAGCUUGACAGAAAUGUGUGAACUGUACCUUGGUCCCGACAACCCAAGACGAGACCUCGAUAACGAGGUUGCCCUGAAGACAUGGGCUACGACCCGCGAUGGCUUGAUGAAUUAUGUGAACCACUGUCACGCUGACACCUACUUCAUCGCUGCUCUCGCACUCAAGCUGCAGAUUCUACCACUCACCAAGGUGCUCACUGAACUGGCGGGUAAUUCAUGGGCACGUACUCUAAGUGGUACUCGUGCCGAACGAAACGAAUACAUUUUGCUACACGAGUUCCAUCGCAACAAGUAUAUCUGCCCUGACAAAGAAUAUGGCAAAGGGCGAGCUAAAGUCAUCGACGAGAAUCAGGAUGGAGACGAUGGUGCCGAUACGAAGAAAAAGGACAAGUACAAGGGUGGGCUUGUCUUUGAACCUGAAAAGGGUCUCUACGACAAAUUCAUUCUAGUCAUGGACUUCAACAGUUUAUAUCCUAGCAUCAUCCAGGAGUAUAACAUCUGUUUCACGACCGUCAACCGAUCUGCCACCUCUGAAAACGAAAACGAGGAAAAGGUUCCGGAGGUGCCUGUGGACCAGGCACAAGGUAUCCUCCCAAAGCUCAUUUCCACACUUGUCAUGCGUCGUCGCGAAGUGAAGAAGUUGAUGAAAGAUAAGCGUGCCACAGCAGAGCAGAUGGCACUAUGGGAUACCAAACAAAUGGCUUUGAAACUUACAGCCAAUUCGAUGUAUGGAUGUCUGGGUUAUACUCAGUCGCGGUUCUACGCUCGACCUCUUGCUAUGCUUACCACCUACAAGGGCAGAGAGAUUCUAAGAAGCACAAAAGAACUUGCUGAGAGCAACCAAUUACAGGUCAUCUAUGGUGACACAGACUCGGUCAUGAUCAACACCAAUGCUGACAGUAUUGCCCAAGCAUUAGCUGUGGGAAAAGAGUUCAAAAAUUCGGUUAAUGAAAAAUACCGGCUGUUGGAGAUUGACAUUGAUAAUGUUUUCCGGCGACUGUUACUUCACGCCAAAAAGAAGUAUGCUGCUAUCAAUAUGGCUGAAGUCGAUGGCAAGUACGUUGAAAAGCUUGAAGUCAAAGGUCUCGACAUGAAGCGCAGAGAAUACUGUGCACUAUCCAAGGAAGCUUCGCAAAAGCUGUUGAACGAAAUACUGUCUGGUGAAGAUUCGGAAGUCGUCCUCGAGAAGAUCCAUGAAUACCUCCGAGAAUUAUCCACCAAAAUGAGAGAGAACAGCAUUCCGGUCCAAAAAUAUGUGAUCUACACCAAACUGGGCAAAAAUCCCACAGAGUAUCCCAACGGUGAUUCCAUGCCUCAGGUGCAAGUUGCACUCCGUGAAAUAUCUCGCGGCAAGCAUAUCCGAGUCAACGAUGUCAUGUCAUAUAUUGUUACCAUGGGAGACGAACAAACGAAGAGCCUGCCAGCACCCAAACGUUCGUACACGCCACAAGAUGUCACGAAGACAGACUCCAACUUGGUCCCCGAUUUCGAAUACUAUCUAUACAAGCAGAUAUUCCCGCCAAUCGAGCGUCUCUGUGCUCCUAUUCCCGGUACUGACUCUGUUCGACUGGCCGAAUGUCUGGGUCUGGAUGUGCGAAAGUACCAGAUCAAUACCAAUACUGGAGCCGAACGACAAAAUGCGGAAAUAUUCCCUCUCGAGACUCAGAUCCCUGAUAAUGUUCGAUUUCAGGAUGCUGCUCGACUGAACCUACGUUGUGUGCAUUGCAAGCAUGUAUCAUCCUUUGAAGGUGUCUGUGACUCCAUGGCCAUUACAACACCAGAUGGUAUCGUGUGCGGAAAUUCUGAAUGCCAGAAACCAUUCACCAACAUCUCGAUCGUUCUGCAGCUUGACGCCCAGGUCCGAGCACAGACCUGUGCUUAUUACGAAGGCUGGCUCGUGUGCGAUGACUCGUCAUGUGGCAACCGUACUCGGCAGAUGUCAGUAUAUGGUCACAGAUGCUUGGGGCCGAAUGGAAGAGCCGAGGGCUGCCUAGGACGGAUGUCGUAUGAAUAUUCGGAAAAGAAGCUGUACAAUCAGCUUUUGUAUUUCGCUACACUCUUUGAUACCGAGAAGGCGAAGAACAAGGCACGAUCAGAAAAGGAGUACACAGACGCUAAAGACCGAAUCGUGGUACUGGCAGAGACCAACAAGGAGAGGUUUGAGAGCAUCAAGGCUGUGGUUGAUGCUUACUUGAGAAAAUGCGGUCGUCAAUGGGUUGAGAUGGAUACGUUGUUCGGCUUUGCCCUCAAGUGA